GGGGACAGGGGCACAGGGGCUCCGCUGCCGCCAGCCCCGACGCGGACACCACCGACCGGAGCCAUGGCGUCGCAGCUGGAAGGGGCCAUGGAGACGCUCAUCAACGUCUUCCACCACUACUCGGGCAAAGAGGGGGACAAGUACAAGCUGAGCAAGAAGGAGCUGAAGGAGCUGCUGCAGAGCGAGCUGGGCUGCUUCCUGGAGACCCAGAAGGACACGGGUGCCGUGGAGAAGAUCAUGCAGGACCUGGAUGAGAACGGCGACGGGGAGGUGGACUUCCAGGAGUACGUGGUCCUGGUGGCCGCCCUCACCGUCGCCUGCAACACCUUCUUCUGGGAGAACGCCUGACCCAGGCCUGUCCUCACCCCGCAGCAGCCAGCCAUGGCGUCCCCAAAAUGCAGAGCGCCCCGCCACCCCCCCAGCUCACCCUCCACUCCCCAGCACACCCCACUGGGAUCCAGCUCCAUAAUAAAGCCAGAGGCGUGUUGUCAGCUCCUU